UGUCGUCAUGUCUUCUGCGUGCAACCGUGACGAAACUUUACCCACACUUGGGUGAAAUAGACGCAGAAAUGUCCUUUUUAUCGCGUGCACGUUGAAAUAUUCGUGAUUUUAGACGGAGAAAACAAGGUUUCGAGCGAGAUUCGUAGGUUUUUAAACCUAAAUGAGGAAUGCUUCACCGCUGAGGCUUAUCUACUUUAUCCACUUGCUAGAGCAAGUCUGGCUGGCUUAUGGCGGAGGAAUCAGUUCCUACUGUACAAAAGACGCCGACUGUGAUAACCUGGAAUUUGUCUUCUGCAAGGACGGCGUCUGCUCCUGUCAGGCUGGAUACGUAUCCAGGAACGCACAGGAGUGUACGAAGAGUAAAGUGUCAGAGUUGGCCGAGGAGGAGAGGGAAUGCUUCACCGACCACCAGUGUUACCGUGGUUACUGUUGGGAUGGGGAAUGUCACUGUAAAGAUGGCUUCUCCAAGGAGAAAAGUCCCUACGGCGGCUGGAACUGCGUCCACCGAACCUCGUCCUUUGGGUUCGGAAUUCUGGCUGUGAUUCCGGUUACCGUUGUCGUCAUAUGCCUACUCGCCUGUUGUGUACAACUUGCCCUCCGAAAACAGCAACAUUCGGGCUCCAAUGCUGAAAACCUCCAAGAGCUUGCUACAGGUAAUAGCGAUGCUGGUGCUGCAGCUUCUGGUGUGAGUAAUAUCUACAGACAAAGGACAUACUUCCCUCACUACGUGGAAGCUGCAAAAGCGCACACGUCACAGAGCACUCCUUCCCCUUGUGUCACCCGCUCGGCUGUGGCUACCAAGUCGCACGAAGGAAAGGAGAAAUCAUCAAAUCACAAUGAGACGACUGCUUCCAACAACCCCCAUGUGUAACAUGUCCUCCAAAAUAUUACACACUCAUUUCCUCAUUUGCACACAUUGUCAUGUGCAGUGUAAAAAAAUUGCAACUACCAAAACACAAUCACACACGUAACCUUCUGUGCACGAUUCUCAUUUGACGAGCCUGAACAUUUCCAGCUCUUCCACUAGGUGUACAAUUACGUUGAUAUGUUAUUGUACGUAGCGUGAAAAACCUGUUGAAAAUUCAUCUAUUCACAAAUCAUCUAUGAAACACUGUGGCAAGUUUCACUUCCGUUCCAUUGAUGAAGCCCAAAACACACACAAAAAAGGCAAAAAUACUCUGUGAAUGUAACACAACCACCGUCUUACUGUAUAUUAAGGGAUAUGACAUCAAGUUCAAAGCCAGCCGACACAUAAGCCAUGACGCCACGAGCUAUGACUACAGAUUUUUAUAUGUGCCAUAUCUCGCACCGAGGUAUUUUUAGUACAUGACACACAUGACAUGAAAAAGAAAUGAACAUGACAGGACAUGACACGCAGAAGUACACAACGGGCAGGCACGUACAAGCUCUACGCGCGUGUGACAGCCAAACACAAAAAACAAAAAGACACAGGUGACAGGCAUGCAUGUGCCACAAACCUCUACCAAAUGCAGCUGCAACAAAAUCUUGAUGUCAUACUCCUUUUGCGCCAUUGGUCCUGCCAAACUGUGCAUACCGCGUCUCGUCUCGGACAUUCCUCGAGAAAGCCCAAGAAAUACUCAGUGUCUCUUUGUCUCAAUACCUCCACCAUCUGGAAACAGCCAGUCACCAUAAUUGUUGUGCCAUUCUGCCAACUUCGCAAUGUCCUCAAGGAGGUCCAAGACUAUAGCCAUGAACACUAAACAUGAGAAAUUAUACAUUACAAUCCCAACACUACAUAUGUAUAUGGAAUUAUGGUGCAAUUUCCUAGACACCCAAUGUGACCAGUGAUUAGAAUUCUCUUCCUGUACACAUCUUGACAUAUAUGUACCGGUAAACAACUAUAUAGGAGUCCAACAUUUGUUUCGUAGUUAUAUGUCGUCUGUGGUGAUGUCCUUGUGGUUGACGUAUGCGAAUCGAUGUUGCAUUUCAGUGAAUUUUUGGAAAGGUCGGUGCCCAUUUACCCGAUCAUUAAAAUGUGGAGCUUCCUUACCCACGUUGGCAUAGAAAAACGCCGUGUACAACUGACAAUGCUGAGAUGUAUGUGUUGUUCUAACACUUACAAUAUAAUACAAGGGCCUAUCAAAACAUAUCCAGAAUGGAUGUAUAUUUAAAAAGGUGAAAUGAGUUUGAAACUUGGUCACGAUCGAGGUACUGCCCUUCGGAAACCGCACACUUAGCCCAGUGCUGUUUCCACUGUCCAAAACAUUAGUGGAAGUCUUCUUUGGAAACAGCAAAGAGCUGUCUCGUCACAUUCGUUUGAAUCUCCCGAAUAUCCUGAAAUCUAUCUGUCUUUCGAAUGCAUUUUGAUUUUUCACAAUUUUUAAGCCACCCAAGUCAGAAUCCUGCUGAGGGAAAAAGCUUUCAGGACAUUUGGGAAAUUCGAAUGAAUGUGACGAGGCAGCUAUUUACCGGUUCCAAGGAAGCGUUGGACUAAGUGUGUGGCUUCCGAAGAGGGCUAUGUCGAUGGUGACAACAUUUCAAACUUGUAAGUAUUUUACCUUUUUAAAUAUAAACCCAUACUGAAUACUUCUUGAUCAGUCCUCAUAUUGUGUAAUGUAACAUUGUAUUAUUAUUAUGAUAUCACAAUAUAAUAUCACACUGUGUACGACGUACACAAUAUUUAUUGAUACCAAUAAUGCUAUUAAUCUUACGAUAACUAGCCUCUUUAAGUAUUUUUGUAUACUUCCGAGUUCCCUUUGCAAGAGCCAGAGAUUGGAAGGAGGCUCCACCUUUGAACGAAUAAGCGAACACGUAGCGAUUUUUUCGAUUUUUGUGUCUCUCUAACAGCCUUAUAGAUGUGUGCCUGAUGUAAAGAGAAAAGCAUUCUUCCCAACAGCUACCAGUAUGUGCAGGCAGAGCCAAUAUAUUCCAUUACAUACUUUGAAUGUAAACUUGUUAUUGUUAAUGUACUCAUUGAGAAAUUAUAUGAGAUCCAUAGCCGUCUCAACAACUUUCCUAUAUUUUCGUGGUUCUCGAGAAUUCAGGUAUAACCGCAGGUGCUCGAGCAAGCUUGUGGGGUUUAGGUCACUGGUAUUAUUCUGGUGGUGGCCCACAUUUUUUAUGGCCCAAAACAACGUGCCACAAAUUCCCCCUUUCUUCCCCGUGCGGAUAUCUGGCAUUGUGCUAUAUCUUUGUUGUCUGUAUCUUCCAUCUGUCUAGAGCUUUCGUAUGCAUUGUUUACCGAGCAUUAAAUGUUGGAUAUUUGGUUGUGCUCUUAAAGUGGAACUCUGCUCAUAGUAUCGGCAAUCCUUGCCCCUAGGACGCUUGCAAAUGCACAGCACGUGCACCAUACCUGUGGCAAGACACACAGAGAGGACUAGCCCAGGGAAGAGGCAAUUAUGAAAAAUGUAAAGUCCAUUUAAAGGUUUUUCUGCAGCUUUAAAGCUGUUCUUGCCAAAUGUUUUAUCGUACAAAAUGCACCAAAUUCUUUGCAGGUCACACACGCCCACACACAAAAAAAAGAAUUGCAGAGUUCCCCUUUAAGUCAUGUACGCCCCUAUGUGCUACCACUACGCAAUAGUUCUUUCUUUAACAUUGGUGCUUAACAAGAACAGUGUGACAAGUCUCAUGUAGCAACUUAUGGUACUCAUUACUCAAAUUAUUUCACGGUGGCGGUACUGAUAACUGGUUGCAGAUUUUUCGUGACAACGUGCGAAAAUCCUUGUGCUCUUUAUGCUGUGAUUCUUGCUUCUUUUUUUUUUCAGCACGUUUAAGAAACAUUGCAGUAUUGUAGAAAUAUGUGUAUACAUGUGUACCUAUGUGUGGUAAAGCCUAGCCAAAUAGAGACUGCAUUUCCGAACUCAUCGUGUUGUGCCGAAGCCAAAGCGGCUGUACAUAGCCAUUUUUAGCGCACCGAGAAUUGGAUGUAAAUUCUGCCGUGGGCCUAAAUGAAACUGGAUGUCCAGUAUUCCGAUAUGUCCAGCGAGAGUUUUUAAAUAUUACCUCAUCUUGAUAUGGCCUCAUUACUAAUGUGUACCGUGUUUGUGCAUCUUUACAAAGAGUCGUAGUUAAAACGUCAGGGCCUGAGUGACAUAUUUUUAGACGUCUCCUUUGCAGCGUUCCAGUGAACUUUUCAUAUAAUUGUGUUCUUGUUAUUGUAACCUUCUUUUGUGCCAUGUAAAUGCACCUAGCGCAUUGUCCAUGUGCAGUCAGUUUUUACAUGUAGCAUCCUUCCACCUGAUCUAUGCAUUUUGCUCUUUCACAUGCAGUACAUGUGUGCAUGCUCAUACAGUUUACAGUUUUGCUCCCUCCAAAAUCAAACUGUUGCUGUUUACAAGAACCUGAAAUAAAUAGAAUGUUCUGC